CGUGCGAAGUGUCGGAGAGGGCGGUUGCAUUACGCUCAGUGCUUUCUUUGUCGCGCGAUUCGCGGAGACGAGUUAUAUACGUGUGUGUGCGCGCGCGGUCCGCGGCGGCCGGUCGAUGUGAGGAAGCAAAACGCAACGACGACACAGCGACGGCACAACGAGAAAUGAUGGCGCGCCGCCGUGUGAUUUGACAAGUGAGGAAGGAAGCGCUCGAUGGGAAAAGUGUCUUAUUAAAAUACUUUCGCGGUGGUUCUCGUACUAGUGGACUCGAAGGCAUCCGCCUCGCGCAACCCUGCGUGUAAUCCUGAUAUCAGGAUUCCGCACCGUGGAUCGACGUUGAAAAUUAACGAGCGGAAGUAUCAACGGGGUGGGGGAAACAAGAACGGCGACGGCAGUGGUGACGGUGGCGGCGGCGGCAGCGGUGGCGGCGGCGGCAGCGGUGGCUGCGACGAGGGUGUGAGACGACGAGAGGGUGAAUCGACAAAGCGGCCAAAGGAUGACGGGCGAGAACGGAAAGCGCGGUACCGGCGCCGGCGAUGUUACAACUGGAGCAAACAUGAACGCAAACGUCACCGACAACGCCAAUAAUGUUAACGCCAAUGUUAACGCCAACAUAAACGUCAGCCAGCAAAACGGCGGACUGGAGAAGGCACCCGUCGUCGGCGGUACUAAUGUGGAGACGUUACCACGCGCCGGAAAGCAGAGCGAUCCCAGUACUGCAUUUUUACGGGCGGCUCGCGCUGGGCAACUCGAAAAGGUCUUGGAAUAUUUGGAAUCCGGAGUAGAUAUCAAUGCUUCUAACGCUAAUGGCUUAAACGCUUUGCAUCUGGCAGCUAAAGACGGCCACUUGGAAAUCGUGAGAGAACUCCUAAAUCGUGGCGCGAUUGUGGAUGCAGCUACCAAAAAGGGAAACACGGCAUUGCACAUAGCUUCUCUCGCUGGACAAGAGGAGGUUGUACAAUUGUUGGUGCAACGAAAUGCUUCGGUUAAUGCACAAUCGCAAAAUGGAUUCACGCCGCUGUACAUGGCUGCCCAGGAAAACCACGAUUCUGUGGUCAAGUACCUUCUUAGUAAGGGUGCGAAUCAAACAUUGGCUACUGAGGACGGUUUUACACCAUUAGCGGUAGCUAUGCAACAGGGUCACGACAAGGUAGUGGCUGUUCUAUUGGAAAACGACACUCGUGGUAAAGUUCGACUGCCUGCUCUACACAUUGCCGCCAAGAAAGACGACUGCAAGGCGGCUGCCCUACUUUUACAAAACGACCAUAAUCCCGAUGUAACAUCGAAAAGCGGUUUUACCCCGCUUCACAUAGCCGCACAUUAUGGCAACGACCGAAUCGCUUCCUUGCUUUACGAUAGAGGCGCGGAUGUUAAUUUCGCAGCAAAGCACAAUAUCACACCAAUGCAUGUGGCAGCGAAAUGGGGUAAGAUUAAGAUGGUUAAUCUCCUCAUGAGCAAGGGAGCAAACAUCGAAGCAAAAACGAGAGAUGGUCUAACUCCUCUGCACUGUGCUGCCAGAUCCGGUCAUCACGAGGUAGUUGACAUUCUCAUCGAGAAGGGUGCCCCUAUAGGUUCAAAAACGAAGAAUGGUCUUGCCCCGUUACACAUGGCUUCUCAAGGGGAUCACGUCGACGCUGCAAGGAUUUUAUUGUAUCACCGUGCACCCGUGGACGAAGUGACGGUGGACUAUUUGACCGCCCUGCAUGUAGCUGCACACUGCGGUCAUGUACGCGUAGCUAAACUACUUCUCGAUAGAAACGCUGAUCCUAAUGCGCGAGCGCUCAACGGAUUUACUCCUCUUCAUAUCGCGUGUAAGAAAAAUCGUAUAAAAGUGGUCGAACUCCUCCUAAAACACAAAGCGAGCAUCGAAGCUACGACUGAGUCUGGAUUAACCCCAUUACACGUAGCGAGUUUUAUGGGGUGCAUGAAUAUCGUGAUUUACUUAUUACAACAUGAAGCUAGCCCCGAUAUACCGACAGUAAGAGGUGAAACGCCAUUACAUUUAGCUGCCAGGGCGAACCAAACUGACAUUAUUAGGAUACUUCUUAGGAACGGCGCCCAAGUCGACGCUAGAGCAAGAGAAGAACAGACACCUCUUCAUGUCGCUUCUCGCUUGGGUAACGUCGAUAUUGUGAUGUUACUAUUGCAACACGGUGCGGGCGUAGAUGCAACAACGAAGGAUUUAUAUACUCCGCUUCAUAUCGCUGCUAAAGAAGGCCAAGAGGAGGUUGCAUCAGUUUUAUUAGAAAAUAGUGCAUCGCUUACAGCAACGACCAAGAAAGGAUUUACUCCUUUACAUUUAGCAGCCAAAUAUGGCAAUAUGAAUGUAGCUCGAUUGUUAUUACAAAAGAACGCACCUGUUGACGCUCAGGGAAAAAAUGGAGUAACGCCUCUGCAUGUAGCGUCUCAUUAUGAUCAUCAGAAUGUAGCUUUACUUUUACUCGAUAAAGGAGCUUCUCCUCAUGCUAUGGCUAAAAAUGGCCAUACACCUUUGCAUAUCGCUGCACGCAAAAAUCAGAUGGAUAUUGCAACCACUUUAUUAGAAUAUGGUGCAAAAGCUAAUGCAGAAUCAAAAGCUGGUUUCACACCAUUACAUUUAAGUGCACAAGAAGGCCAUACUGAUAUGUCAACCCUUCUUAUCGAACAUAAAGCAGAUACAAAUCACAAAGCAAAGAAUGGCCUUACACCUCUACAUUUAUGCGCACAAGAAGAUAAAGUAAACGUCGCUUCUAUUCUCGUGAAGAAUGGCGCUCAAAUCGACGCUAAAACUAAGGCUGGAUAUACGCCAUUGCAUGUGGCAUCUCAUUUUGGUCAAGCAGCUAUGGUACGAUUUCUUUUAAGAUCUGGUGCUGCUGUUGAUAGCAGCACCAAUGCUGGCUAUACACCUCUUCAUCAAGCGGCGCAACAAGGUCAUACGCUUGUCAUCAAUCUGCUACUGGAGAGUAAAGCUAAACCAAAUGCUGUAACUAAUAAUGGACAGACUGCUCUGGAUAUUGCACAAAAGCUCGGUUACAUAAGCGUCAUUGAAACAUUAAAGGUUGUCACAGAGACUAUCAUCACAACAACUCAUACCGUUACCAUUGAAGAGAAAUACAAAGUUCAAGCACCCGAAUCCAUGCAAGAAACAUUUAUGAGUGACAGCGAAGAUGAAGGGGGUGGUGAUGAAAUCGGCACGGCAGCCAUGAAUGUGUACGGGCAGCCUCCGCACGCGCAACACGUGUACCUUCCCUCUUACUACCAGGGCCAAAUGACCUAUACCCGUGAAGAUCCAAUGCUCAGCGACCAACAGCAGUAUCGCUACAUGACUGUUGACGACAUGAAAUCCAUGGGGGAUGACUCGAUGCGCGUGAACGUGACGGACGAUGAAAGAGAUAAUCGACAUUCUGGAGCGCCAACCAUAACAGAAAUGAUUACGAAAGAAAAUUAUCAACGUACGAACGCAGCCAAUCUUAAGCCAGAUAAUGUAGACAUCAACAGGCAUCCUGUGCAUGUCGGAAUUCCACAGUGGAGAAACUUUCUGGUUUCCUUCUUGGUGGACGCAAGAGGCGGUGCAAUGCGCGGAUGCAGGCACAGCGGCGUCCGCGUGAUUGUUCCGCCACGAAAAGCUGCGAUGCCUAUGCGUGUUACAUGCAGAUAUUUAAGAAGAGACAAAUUGACCAAUCCACCACCUCUGAUGGAGGGAGAAGCGUUGGCCAGCCGCAUCCUCGAGUUAGGUCCUGUAGGUGCAAAAUUUUUAGGCCCUGUUAUCAUAGAGGUACCGCACUUCGCGUCGCUGCGCGGAAAAGAACGAGAGAUAGUAAUUUUACGAUCGGAUAAUGGAGAGACCUGGCGCGAGCACACCUUGGAGGCCAGCGAGGAGGCUGUCCAAGAUGUGCUUAACGAGAGCUUUGAGGGAGAAGAGCUAAGCCAGCUAGAGGAUCUCCAAACGUCUCGCAUCGUGAGAAUACUGACCGUAGACUUUCCGCAUUAUUUCGCGGUAGUAUCUCGCAUCAGGCAAGAGGUCCAUGCGGUUGGUCCCGAGGGUGGCACCGUAUCAUCAUCUGCUGUACCACAAGUACAAGCUGUCUUCCCACAAGCAGCCCUCACUAAGAAGAUCAGAGUCGGUUUACAGGCACAUCCUAUACCGGCGGAUCUUGUGGCCAAGUUACUCGGAAAUAGAGUAGCUGUGUCACCGAUCGUUACCGUGGAGCCAAGACGAAGAAAGUUCCACAAACCGAUAACUUUAACCAUCCCAGUGCCACAAGCAGCCAAUAAAGGCAUGAUCAACCAAUACUCUGGGGAUGCGCCAACUUUGAGACUUCUGUGCAGCAUAACUGGGGGUCAGACUCGGGCAGUCUGGGAGGAUGUCACAGGCUCGACGCCGUUAACGUUUGUGAAAGACUGCGUCUCCUUCACUACUACAGUUUCCGCUCGCUUUUGGUUGAUGGACUGUCGUAACAUCUCCGAAGCUACGAAAAUGGCCACAGAACUCUAUACGCAUGCGACACAUGUACCUUUUAUGGCCAAGUUCGUAGUGUUUGCAAAACGAAUAGAUCCAUUGGAAGCGAGAUUGCGUGUAUUCUGUAUGACGGAUGACAAAGAGGAUAAAACUUUAGAGCAUCAGGAACAUUUUACAGAAGUCGCAAAAAGCAGGGACGUCGAGGUUUUGGAAGGAAAAACGCAGUACAUGGAGUUCUCGGGAAAUCUCGUGCCUGUAUUGAAAACUGGCGAACAGCUUCAGCUACCAUUUAGAGCUUUCAAAGAAAAUAGAGUUCCGUUUACCGCGAGGGUAAAAGAUCCAGAUGCCGCAGAUAUGAUGGGGCGAAUUAUGUUUAUGAGUGAACCCAAAGUUCCGAGAGGCGAAUUACCACAAACGCCGAUUUGCACGCUAAAUAUUUUGCUGCCAGAGAAAAUUUCUCCGGAUACUGCAGUCUCUGAGCUUGAUUUAUUGGAACUAUCAAAAAAUUAUAGUUUUCUACGCGAUGGCGGAAUAAGUAGGCCAGAUGCCAUACAUAGAGCGACUAUUCGUUUAACAGACAUCGCCAAUCUAUUGGAUAAAGAUUGGGAACCACUAGCGGAAGAGUUAAACAUCCCGCCUAAUGAUGUAGCCUUAAUAAAACAAGAAUAUCCUGAUAAACCUGCACAACAGGCCGCUGCAAUGUUCAAAAUCUGGCAGAACAACGGGAACAAAGCUACAGGAAAUACAUUAGAAAAGGCUCUUAAUAAGAUUGGACGAGAGGACAUAGUGAACAAAUGUAUCUUCAAUGUUGAGCUAGUAACCGAUGACGUUGAAAAAGCUGUAGCGAGGGUAAGAUUAGAUCAACCGGGAUUUGAUUCGCUAAAAGAAGAAUUAGGACCGUCGAGAAACACGUCACUUCGUCGUGAUGCAACUAUGGAUCCCAAGAUGGAUCCUGAUUAUGAAGAGCCGGAUAGAAUGAAGGACUCUGAAUCGGUCGAGGAUCUCAGUGUCACUGGAAGUAUGCACGAUAAAUCUAAAGAGCACAUCACAAUCACAAACGGCACUGUAUUCAACGGAACCUCGACCCCCAUCAAAGACAAAUAUGCGAGCGAUGAGAAAGAGCUCGGCGACAUGAUGGCUGAUUACCUUGAGCAGAAAUGUCACGUGACUGACACGAUGAGCAAAAAAUCGCGCGAUGAACUGGACGAUAUGGAUAAAAAACGCCAGAAAGUGAUCGCCGACGCCAACAAAAUAGUCUCUGGUGUAAUAGCAGACGCAGAGAAAGAGAAGGGGAAGUUAGCGAAGGAAGGGUGGUCGGUGGUUUAUGAUGAUGAUGAUGUGCGAGACAGUAAAGAGGCGCGGGGUGCGAUAGGGCAGACUUUAAUUAACGUACAAUUAGAUCAGGCGAUCGCCGAGCCGAAAGGUAUAAUUUCCAAAUCAGUCGCUGAACAAAUUCCUAGUAUCGAGCCACCGAUGGUUAGGCAAUAUCACGGUGAAAAGCCAGAUUCUAAAAUUAGCAGUAGUAAAACAGUAGUUUCCGUUAGUGAUGAUCCGAAAGUAAGUCGAACGGUAGUUACUAAAACUACAAUAAUAAAACAAUUUGAUCAAACACCGACUAAGACUGUAACUACUAAAGAAACAGUUAUUUUACCGGAUAAGAAAGAUGUUGUUAGCGAAAAGGAAAAAUUAUCUAAAGAAGGUAAGGAAGUUGACGAAAAAUUAAUUCAAGGCGUAAUUCCUACGGGUAUUACGCAAAAAACUGUACAGGUAGAAAGUGUAACUCGAACUGAUCAGAAAAAGUCAGACGCAAAAUCGGAUGUGGCUAAGGAAAAAGAUAAGGAUAAAACAAAGGAUAAGGAUAAAGAAAAGGAUAAAGAAACUAUUACGAAACCAACGAAACCAUCAGCUUACGAAGAUAUUUACAAUGUACAGCAACUGGCAGAUAGUACGGACGAAAAAUCAGACGAAGAAACGAAGAAAACGAAGGAUAAAAGCAGUGGAAUUUUUUCAAACAUUUUUAAAGGCUCUAAAUUGAAGAAAGGUAAAAAAGGUUCAAAGGACACAUCCCUUGACAGUGGCGAUGAGGAAUUGCCAAAGCCUAUCAUAACGAAAGUUUCGGAACAGCAGCCAGAACCCCCUUCUAACGAAACAAUAGAUUUGUCUUUCGACAGUAAACUUCCAGAAAUCACUGUCGCACCCGAUGUAAAAUUAGCUACUAUUGAAUUCUUGAAUGAUUCCAAACGUAUUGCCGCGGACAUGCAUGUGCCUUAUGAAAAUCUCGCUAAACCAACAGAAAAAGAAGAUAAGAGAGUGGAGCUUACUGAGAGCGACGAUGACGGUAAAGAUAAGACGGGCUUCUUCUCAAGUUUAUUUAAAAGCAAAUCUAAAAAGGAUGACGAUGGAACGGUUAUACCAGUUAUUCAUGUUGAAAAACCGAAAGAAAGUGCGGAGCAAAUUGCGAAGAAAGAGAAAAAGAAAUUGGCAGCGCUUGCGAAGGAAAAUGAGGAGUUACUGGAAUUACAAAUAAAGGAAAAAGCGAAAGAAGCCGAAGCAUCUGAGACUGUCGAAAUACUUAGUGGUACAAUCGAGAAAGAAGCUGCAACUAAAGAUAUGAAAGUCAAGGAUAUCGAAAGUAAAGAAAUCGAAAAGAAGAUUACUGCAGAUGAGCACAGUAAAGAUGAUAAAAAGGAAGAAGAUCAAACGAAAGAGAAAGGAAGUUUCUUUGGCAUCUUUAAGAGUCCAAAGUCUAAGGAGAAAAAGAUGAGCAAAUCGAAGGAAACAUCCUUCGACAGCGGUGACGAAGAGAUUCGAAUCGUGACAGAGAAACUCUUAGAUGACACACGAAAAAUUACUGAUUUAAAUGAAUUACCAGUUGCAUAUAAAAGUGAUAGUACGAAAAUCAUUCCUAAAGAAGAGGUACAUACUUUUGUGUCGACAACUCAUUACGACGUCGACAUUCCUGCUGAUAAAAUCGGAAAAUCCUACGAUGUUGUCCAAACUACGACAAAGAUUGAGAAAACUAUUAUUCAGGAGGAAAUAAACGGAAAAGCAGAUGCUGGUAAAGACAAAGAUCAAAAAGAAGAAAAAAAAGAUACUGAGAAACCCGCUUCAGAGGUUAAAUCUGAAAUAUCUGACUCAAAGAUUUCCGAGAUGGAGAAAGAAGUAAACGAUGACAUCAAGGAAAAAAGCGGUGGUUUCUUCGGCAUAUUUAAGAGUCCGAAGCUGAAGAGCAAGAAAAGAAGCAGAUCCCGAGAACAGAGUUCUUCGAAGGAUACCUCCUUCGAUAGCGGAGACGAAGAAAUUCGAUUAACAACGGCAAAAUUUCUGGAAGACACGAAACAGAUAGCGGAGAAUCUACAGGCUGGAGAAACAGUUACCAGAACUCCACCCAUCGAUCAUGCAGAGAUUAAGAAAUCUAUCAUCCUUGAGGAUGAAGUCGUUGAAAAAGAUAAGGGAAGUGGUAUUUUUAGUAUAUUUAGAAGUCCCAAACAAGCAAGGAGUUCUAGGAGUAGAUCAAAAGAAAAGACUCCAUCGCUCGAAUUACCAGAUAGUGGCCACGAUGAUAUGCGGGAAAUAACAACAAAAUUUUUAGAAGAUUCUCGAAAUGUAGCGAAUAUUACAGGCGAAUCGACAGAAACCGAACAUUUGAAACACAAAAUCGCAAUUGAAACUAAAGACGAUAAAUUAAUAACUACUAUUGAAGAUGCGAAAAAAAUUAAACAUCACAUUGCGAGUGCGGUAGAAGAUGUUGACAAAAUUGUCAAGGAUGAUAAAGAGAUAAAUGGUAAAAAAAUAGAGGAGAAAACACAUGAUAUCCUCGAUAACACUGCAACUACAAAGGAUAAAACAAUCAAGGAAGCUAAAAAAAUGAAAGAGAAAGGAUCAGGAUUCCUCUCAGGAAUAUUCAAAGGCGCGAAACAUGCUGUAGAAGAUGCAACUGACGACGUCAAAGAAUUUCUAGAUGAGACGAAAAAGGAAGCUGUAUUAGAAGAAGAACGUGCUAAGGAAAAAGCUGCCGCCGAUCUCAAAGCUUUGAAAGACAAAAAGGAUACUGUUGUUUCAAAAAUUCAAGAGACUACAGAACAAACUGCUACCGACGUGAAAGACGCGAAAGACAAAGCAGUUUCCGCUGUUAAAGAUAAAAAAGAUGAAAUUGUAGCAGAAGUUUCCAAAGAUAUUCAGAAAGUUGCCGAUACUACGAAAGCAGUUGGUGAAAAAAUAACAGCAGAAACGAAAAAAGUCGGUGAGAAAAUAGGAACAACUGCGACAGAUAAGGCGCAGGAUGUGAAGGAUAUUAAGGAAGCAACAGUCAAGGAAAUGAAAGAAGAUGCAAAAUUAGUAAAAGAGAAAUUAGCAGCAGGCGCUGAUGCUGUUGCGGACACUAUCGACAAAACUAAGGAUAAGACAACGAAAGAAGCGAAGAAAGCCAAAGAAAAAACAAGUGGCUUCUUCUCCGGUAUAUUUAAAGGAGCGAAACACGCUGUCGAAGACGCAACGGACGACGUCAGAGAAUUUCUAGAUGAGACGAAAAAGGAAGCUGAAUUAGAAGAAGAACGUGCUAAAGAAAAAACAACCGCCGAUCUCAAAGAUUUGAAAGACAAAAAGGAUACUGUUGUUUCAAAAAUUCAAGAAACUACAGAACAAACUGCCAUCGAUGUGAAAGACGCAAAAGACAAAGCAGUUUCCGCUGUUAAAGAUAAGAAAGAUAAAAUUGCAGAAGAAGUUUCCAAAGAUAUUCAGAAAGUUGCCGAUACUACGAAAGCAGCUGGUGAAAAAAUAACAGCAGAAACGAAAAAAGUCGGUGAGAAAAUAGGAACAACCGCGAUAGAUACAGCGCAGGAUGUGAAGGAUAUUAAGGAAGCAACAGUCAAGGAAAUGAAAGAAGAUGCAAAAUUAGUAAAAGAGAAAUUAGCAGCAGGCGCUGAUGCUGUUGCGGAAACAGUGGACAAAACCAAGGAUAAGACAACGAAAGAAGCGAAGAAAGCCAAAGAAAAAACAAGUGGCUUCUUCUCCGGGAUAUUUAAAGGAGCAAAACACGCUGUCGAAGACGCAACUGACGACGUCAAAGAAUUUCUAGAUGAGACGCAAAAGGAAGCUGCAUUAGAAGAAGAACGUGCUAAAGAAAAAGCAACCGCCGAUCUCAAAAAUUUGAAAGACAAAAAGGAUACUGUUGUUUCAAAAAUUCAAGAGACUACAGAACAAACUGCUACCGAUGUGAAAGACGCAAAAGACAAAGCAGUUUCCGCUGUUAAAGAUAAAAAAGAUGAAAUUGUAGAAGAAGUUUCCAAAGAUAUUCAGAAGGUUGCCGAUACUACGAAAACAGCUGGUGAAAAAAUAACAGCAGAAACGAAAAAAGUCGGUGAGAAAAUAGGAACAACCGCGAUAGAUACAGCGCAGGAUGUGAAGGAUAUUAAAGAAGCAACAGUGAAGGAAGUGAAAGAAGAUGCAAAAUUAGUAAAAGAAAAAUUAGCAGCAGGCGCUGAUGCUGUUGUGGAAACUGUGGACAAAGCCAAAGAUAAUACAACGAAAGAAGCGAAGAAAGCCAAAGAAAAAACAAGUGGCUUCUUCUCCGGUAUAUUUAAGGGAGCAAAACACGCUGUCGAAGAUGCAACUGACGACGUCAAAGAAUUUCUAGAUGAAACGAAAAAGGAAGCUGAAUUGGAAGAAGAACGUGCUAAAGAAAAAGCUGUCGCCGAUCUCAAAGAUUUGAAAGACCAAAAGGAUACUGCUGUUUCAAAAAUUCAAGAGACUACAGAACAAGCUGCUACCGAUGCGAAAGGUGCAACGGAUGAAGCUAUUUCCGCUGUUAAAGAUAAGAAAGAUAAAAUUGCAGAAGAAGUUUCUAAAGAUAUUCAGAAGGUUGCCGAUCCAGCGAAAGUAGCUAGUGAAAAAGUAUCAGCGGAAACGAAAAAAGUCGGCGAGAAAAUAGGAACAACCGCGACAGAUAUGGCCCAGGAUGUGAAGGAUAUUAAAGAAGCAACAAUAAAGGAAGUGAAAAAAGAUACAAAAUUAGUAAAAGAGAAAUUAGCAGAAGGCGCUGAUGCUGUUGCAGAAACAGUGGACAAAGCCAAGGAUAAGACAACGAAAGAAGCGAAGAAAGCUAAAGAAAAAACAAGUGGCUUUUUCUCCGGUAUAUUUAAAGGAACAAAACACGCUGUCGACGACACGGACGACGUCAAAGAAUUUCUCGAUGAAAUGAAAAAGGAAGCUUCAAUGGAAGAAGAACGUGCUAAAGAAAAAGUUGCCGCUGAUCUCAAAGAUUUGAAAGAUAAAAAGGAUACUAUUGUUUCAAAAGUUCAAGAGACUACAGAACAAGCGGCUACAGAAGCGAAAGACGCAACAGAAAAAACAGUUUCUGCUGUUAAAGAUAAGAAAGAUAAAAUUGUAGAAGGAGUUUCCAAAGAUAUUCAGAAGGUUGCCGAUAUAGUGAAAGCAACUAAUGAAAAAGUAACAGCGGAAACGAAAAAGGCCGGUGAAAGAAUAGGAGCAACUGCGGCAGAUAUGAAGGAUAUUAAAGAAGCAACAGUAAAGAAAGUGAAAAAAGAUACAGAAUUAGUAGAAGAAAAAUUAGCAGCAAGCGCUGAUUCUAUUGCCGAAACUGCAGAUAAAGCCAAGGAUAAGACAACGAAAGAAGCGAAGAAAGCCAAAGAAAAAGCAAGUGGCUUUUUCUCCGGUAUAUUUAAAGGUGCAAAACACGCUGUCGAAGACGCAACAGAUGACGUCAGAGAAUUUUUGGAUGAUACGAAAAAGGAAGCUGAAUUGAAAGAGGAACAUGCUAAAGAAAAAGUUGCCGCUGAUCUGAAAGAUUUGAAAGAUAAAAAGGAUACUGUUGUUUCAAAAAUUCAAGAGACUGCAGAUCAAGCUGCCACCGAUGCAAAAGACUCAACAGACAAAGCAAUUUCUGUGGUUAAAGAUAAGAAAGAUAAAAUUGCAGAAGAAGUUUCGAAAGAUAUUCAGAAGGUUGCCGAUACAGCGAAAGUAGCUAGUGAAAAAGUAACAGCAGAAACGAAAAAAGUCGGUGAGAAAAUAGGCACAACCGCGAUAGAUAUGGCGCAGGGUGUGAAGGAUAUUAAAGAAGCAACAGUAAAGGAAGUGAAAGAAGAUACAGAAUUAAUAAAAGAGAAAUUAACAGUAAGCAUUGAUGCUGUUGCGGAAACAGCAGACAAAACCAAGGAUAAGACAACGAAAGAAGCAAAGAAAGCUAAAGAAAAAACGAGUGGCUUCUUCUCUGGUAUAUUUAAAGGUGCAAAACACGAUGUCGAUGACACAACGGACGACGUCAAAGAAUUUCUUGAUGAGAUGAAAAAGGAAGCUUCAUUGGAAGAAGAACGUGCUAAAGAAAAAGUUGCUGCGGAUCUCAAAGAUUUGAAAGAUAAAAAGGAUACUAUUGUUUCAAAAGUUCAAGAGACUACAGAACAAGCGGCUACAGAUGCGAAAGACGCAACAGAAAAGACAGUUUCUGCUGUUAAAGAUAAGAAAGAUAAAAUUGUAGAAGGAGUUUCCAAAGAUAUUCAGAAGGUUGCUGAUACAAUGAAAGCAACUAAUGAAAAAAUAACAGCAGAAACGAAAAAGGCCGGUGAAAGAAUAGGAGCAACUGCGGCAGAUAUGAAGGAUAUUAAAGAAACAACAGUAAAGAAAGUGAAAAAAGAUACAGAAUUAGUACAAGAAAAAUUAGCAGCAAGCGCUGAUUCUAUUGCCGAAACUACAGAUAAAGCCAAGGAUAAGACAACGAAAGAAGCGAAGAAAGCCAAAGAAAAAGCAAGUGGCUUUUUCUCCGGUAUAUUUAAAGGUGCAAAACACGCUGUCGAAGACGCAACUGACGACGUUAGAGAAUUUCUAGAUGAGACGAAAAAGGAAGCUGAAUUGGAAGAAGAACGUGCUAAAGAAAAAGCUGCCGCCGAUCUCAAAGAUUUGAAAGACAAAAAGGAUACUGUAGUUUCAAAAAUUCAAGAGACUGCAGAACAAGCUGCCACCGAUGCAAAAGACUCAACAGACAAAGCAAUUUCUGCGGUUAAAGAUAAGAAGGAUAAAAUUGCAGAAGAAGCUUCGAAAGAUAUUCAGAAGGUUGCCGAUACAGCGAAAGUAGCUAGUGAAAAAGUAACAGCAGCAACGAAAAAAGUCGGUGAGAAAAUAAGCACAACCGCGAUAGAUAUGGCGCAGGGUAUGAAGGAUAUUAAAGAAGCAACAGUAAAGGAAGUAAAAGAAGAUACAGAAUUAGUAAAAGAGAAAUUAACAGUAAGCAUUGAUGCUGUUGCAGAAACAGCAGACAAAACCAAGGAUAAGACAACGAAAGAAGCAAAGAAAGCCAAAGAAAAAACGAGUGGCUUCUUCUCUGGUAUAUUUAAAGGUGCAAAACACGAUGUCGAUGACACAACGGACGACGUCAAAGAAUUUCUUGAUGAGAUGAAAAAGGAAGCUUCAUUGGAAGAAGAACGUGCUAAAGAAAAAGUUGCUGCGGAUCUGAAAGAUUUGAAAGAUAAGAAGGAUACUAUUGUUUCAAAAAUUCAAGAGACUUCAGAACAAGCUGCCACCGAUGCGAAAGACUCAACAGACAAAACAAUUUCCGCUGUUAAAGAUAAGAAAGUUAAAAUUGUAGAAGCAAUUUCUAAAGAUAUUCAGAAGGCUGCUGAUACAACGAAAGCAGCUAGUGAAAAAGCAUCAGUGGGAACGAAAAAAGUGAGUGAGAAAAUAGGAACAACCGCGACUGAUACAGCACAGGAUGUGAAGGAUAUUAAGGAAGCAGCAGUCAAGGAAGUGAAAGAAGAUGCAAAAAUAGUAAAAGAGAAAUUGGCAGAAGGCGCUGAUGCUGUUAUAGAAACUGCGAACAAAGCCAAGGAUAAGACAACGAAAGAAGCGAAGAAAGCCAAAGAAAAAACAAGUGGCUUCUUCUCCGGUAUAUUUAAAGGAGCAAAACACGCUGUCGAUGACGCAACUGACGACGUCAAAGAAUUUCUAGAUGAGACGAAAAAGGAAGCGUUAUUGGAAGAAGACCGUGCUAAAGAAAAAGUUGCUGCGGAUCUGAAAGAUUUGAAAGAUAAAAAGGAUACUAUUGUUUCAAAAAUUCAAGAGACUGCAGAUCAAGCUGCUACCGAUGCGAAAGACUCAAAAGAUAAAGCAAUUUCCGCUGUUAAAGAUAAGAAAGAUAAAAUUGCAGAAAAAGUUUCUAAAGAUAUUCAGAAAGUUACCGAUACAGCGAAAGCAGCUAGUGAAAAAGCAACAGCAGAAACGAAAAAAAUCGGUGAGAAAGUAGAAUCUACCACAUUAGAUAUGGCGCAAGAUGUGAAAGAUAUUAAGGAAACAACAAUAAAGGAAGUAAAAGAUGAUGCAAAAUUACUAAAAGAGAAAUUAGCAGUAAGCGCUGAUAUUGUUGCAGAAACUGCUGACAAAGCGAAGGAUAAGACAACGAAAGAAGCGAAGAAAGCCAAAGAAAAAACAAGUGGCUUCUUCUCUGGUGUAUUUAAAGGAGCAAAACACGCUGUCGAAGACUCAACUGAUAACGUUAAAGAAUUUUUGGAUGAGACGAAAAAAGAAGCUUCAUUAGAAAAGGAAUACGCUAUGAAGGAGGCUGAGGCGAAUCUCAUAGAUUUACAAGAUAAAAAGGAUAGCACAGUUAUCGGAGUUGAACAGACUAUCGAUAAAAUUGUUACUGAUACAAAGGAAGUAAAGGAUAAGACAAUUUUUACUGUUAAAGAAGAAAAAGAUAAAAUUGCAGAAGGCAUUUCUAAAAAUAUUCAGAAGAUUACCGAUACUACAAAAGCAGCUGGUGCAGAAGCAACAGCGGAAACGAAAAAAAUCAGUGAAAAAAUAGAAGCAGCUGCAACAGAUAUGGCACAAGAUGCUAAGAAUAUUAAGGAUGCAACAAUAAAGGAAGUAAAAGGAGAUACAGAAUUAAUUAAAGAAAAAUUAGCGGCAAGCACUGACGCUUUUGCAGAAACUGUAGAUAAAACCAAGGAUAAGACAACAAAAGAAGCGAAGAAAGCCAAAGAAAAAACAAGUGGCUUCUUCUCCGGUAUAUUUAAAGGAGCGAAACACGCUGUCGAAGACGCAACGGACGAUGUCAAAGAAUUUUUAGAUGAGACGAAAAAAGAAGCUGAAUUGGAAGAAAAACGUGCUAAAGAAGAAGUUGCUGCGGACCUGAAAGAUUUGAAAGAUAAAAAGGAUACUAUUGUUUCAAAAGUUCAAGAGACUACAGAACAAGCUAUCAUCGAUGCGAAAGACACAAAAGACAAAGCAGUUUCCGCUGUUAAACAUAAAAAAGAUAAAAUUGCAGAAGAAGUUUCUAAGGAUAUUCAGAAGGUUGCCGAUACAGCAAAAGCAGCUGGUGAAAAAGUAACAGCGGAAACGAAAAAAGUCGGUGAGAAAAUAGGAACAACCGCGACAGAUACAGCGCAGGAUGUUAAAGAUAUUAAAGAAGCAACAGUAAAGAAAGUGAAAAAAGAUACAGAAUUAGUACAAGAAAAAUUAGCAGCAAGCGCUGAUUCUAUUGCCGAAACUGCAGAUAAAGCCAAGGAUAAAACAACGAAAGAAGCGAAGAAAGCCAAAGAAAAAGCAAGUGGCCUCUUCUCCGGUAUAUUUAAGGGAGCAAAGCACGCUGUCGAAGACGCUACUGAUGACGUCAAAGAAUUUCUAGAUGAGACGAAAAAGGAAGCUGAAUUGGAUGAAGAACGUGCUAAAGAAAAAGUUGCCGGGGAUUUGAAAGAUUUGAAAGAUAAAAAGGAUACUGUUGUUUCAAAAAUUCAAGAAACUACUGAACAAGCUAUUACCGAUACGAAGGACGCAAAAGACAAAGCAAUUUCCGCUGUUAAACAUAAGAAAGAUAAAAUUGCAGAAGAAGUUUCUAAAGAUAUUCAGAAGGUUGCCGAUACAGCAAAAGCAGCUGAUGAAAGAGUAACAGCGGAAACGAAAAAAGUCGGAGAAAAAAUAGGAACAGUUGCGGCAGAUAUGACGCAAGAUGUAAAGGAUAUUAAGGAAGCAACCGUAAAGAAAAUGAAAGAAGAUACAGAAUUAGUAAAAGAAAAAUUAGCGGCAAGCGCUGAUGCUGUUGCGGAAACUGCAGAUAAAGUCAAGGAUAAAACAACGAAAGAAGCAAAGAAAGCCAAAGAAAAAACAAGUGGCUUCUUCUCUGGUAUAUUUAAAGGUGCAAAACACGCUGUCGAAGACGCAACUGACGACGUUAAAGAAUUUCUUGAUGAGACGAAAAAGGAAGCUGAAUUGGAAGAAGAACGUGCUAAAGAAAAAGUUGCCGCGGAUGUGAAACAUUUGAAAGAUAAAAAGGAUACCAUUGUUUCAAAAAUUCAAGAAACUACUGAACAAGCUAUUACCGAUACGAAAGACACAAAAGACAAAGCAGUAUCCGCUGUUAAAGAUAAGAAAGAUGAAAUUGUGAAAGAAGUUUCCAAAGAUAUUCAGAAGGCUGUUGAUACAUCGAAAGCAGCUGGUGAAAGAGUAACAGCGGAAACGAAAAAAGUCGGAGAAAAAAUAGGAACAGUCGCGGCAGAUAUGACGCAGAAUGUAAAGGAUAUUAAAGAAGCAACCGUGAAGGAAGUGAAAGAAGAUACAGAAUUAGUAAAAGAAAAAUUAGCGGCAAGCGCUGAUGCUGUUGCGGAAACUGCAGAUAAAGCCAAGGAUAAAACAACGAAAGAAGCGAAGAAAGCCAAAGAAAAAACAAGUGGCUUCUUCUCUGGUAUAUUUAAAGGUGCAAAACACGCUGUCGAAGACGCAACUGACGACGUUAAAGAAUUUCUUGAUGAGACGAAAAAGGAAGCUGAAUUGGAAGAAGAACUUGCUAAAGAAAAAGUUGCCGCGGAUGUGAAAGAUUUGAAAGAUAAAAAGGAUACUAUUGUUUCAAAAAUUCAAGAAACUACUGAACAAGCUAUUACCGAUACGAAAGACGCAAAAGACAAAGCAGUAUCCGCUGUUAAAGAUAAGAAAGAUGAAAUUGUGGAAGAAGUUUCCAAAGAUAUUCAGAAAGCUGUUGAUACAUCGAAAGCAGCUGGUGAAAGAGUAACAGCGGAAACGAAAAAAGUCGGAGAAAAAAUAGGAACAGUUGCGGCAGAUAUGACGCAGGAUGUAAAGGAUAUUAAGGAUGCAACCGUAAAGGAAGUGAAAGAAGAUACAGAAUUAGUAAAAGAAAAAUUAGCAGCAAGCGCUGAUGCUGUUGCGGAAACUGCAGAUAAAGCCAAGGAUAAGACAACGAAAGAAGCGAAGAAAGCCAAAGAAAAAACAAGUGGCUUCUUCUCCGGUAUAUUUAAAGGUGCAAAACACGCCGUCGAAGACGCAGCUGACGAUGUCAAAGAAUUUUUAGAUGAGACGAAAAAGGAAGCUGAAUUAGACGAAGAACAUACUAAAGAAAAAAUUGCCGCGGAUCUUAAAGAUUUGAAAGAUAAAAAGGAUACUGUUGUGUCAAAAAUUCAAGAGACUACAGAACAAACUGCUACCUAUGCGAAAAGUGCGACGGAUGAAGCUGUUUCCGCUGUUAAAGAUAAGAAAGAUAAAAUUGCAAAAGAAUUUUCCAAAGAUAUUCAGAAGGUUGCCGAUACUACGAAAGCAGCUGGUGAUAAGGUAACAGCGAAAACGAAAAAAGUUGAAGAGAAAAUAGAAGCAACUGCGGCAGAUAUAACGCAAGAUGCCAAGGAUAUUAAGGAUGCAGUAGUACAGGACUUAAAGAAAGAUACAGAAUUGGUAAAAGAGAAAUUAGCAUCAAGCGCAGAUACCGUUGCAGAUAUUGCAGACAAAGCCAAGGAUAAGACAACGAAAGAAGCGAAAAAAGCCAAAGAAAAAACAAGUGGCUUUUUCUCCGAUAUAUUUAAAGGUGCAAAGCAGAGUGCAGAGAGCGCAACCGAUGAUACGAACAAAUUUCUGGAUGAAAUGAGAAAAGAUGCAUCUUUAGAACAUGACCAAGCGAAAAGAACCUUAACUAAAGAAUUAAAAGAUUUAGAACGUAAAGCUGUGGAUUUUAAAACUGACUUGAAAGAUAAAAAGGAUGCUAUCAUUAUAACAACUCAAGAUAUUGGAGAUAAAGCUAUCGCUGAUGCAAAGGAUGCAAAAAGUAAAAUAGUCUCUACAGUAAAAGAAGAAAAAGAUAAAAUUUUAGAAAAAGCUGUCGAUACCAUGAAAGCAGCCGAUGAGAAGAUAACAACGGGGACGAAGAAAAUCGACGAAAAAAUGGAAACUACUACAGCAGAUGUUGCACAAAGUGUUAAAGAUGCUAAAGAUACAGCGAAAGAGGAUAUAAGAUUAAUGAAAGAUAAGUUGACAAUGAGUGUUGGAACUAUAGCCGAUGAUGUUGAAACUGCAAAAGACAAGGCAACUAAAGAAACGAAAAAAGUUAAGGAAAAGGGAUCUAGUUUUCUGUCUGGAAUAGUUAAAGGUGCAAAACACGCUGUUGAAAACGCGAGAGACGAUGUUAAAGAAUUUAUUGAUGAAACAAAGCACGAAGCGGAAUUGGAAGAAGCUCAUGCUAAAGAAGCAGCAGCAGCUAAAUUGAAAGAACUGGAAAACAAAAAAGAUAUUGCGGUCGAAAGUGUUACAAAAGACGUAACGAUUGUGGGCAAAGAUGCUAAAGAUAAACUUUCUGAGAAUGCAAGUCAAAUAGUUGAGACGACGAAGACUGCUCUUGAUAAAGUAGCAAUCGAAGCGAAAAAAAUCGACGAUAAAAUAGUAAGAUCCAAGGCCACAGAUGUUGAUAUAAAAGACGAAAGUGUCAGUAAGAAAAUGAAAAAAGAUAUGAAAGUUGUAAAAACUAAAUUGGCAACAAGUGUUGAUGAUGUCGCGGAAAAUACUAAAGCAAUUAAAGAGAAGCUAGCAAAAGAUACCAAAAAGACGAAAGAUAAAGGUUCGGGUUUUCUGUCUGGAGUUAUUCAAGGUGCAAAACAUACGGAAAAGAAGGUUUCCGACGAUGUGAAGGAUUUUCUGGAAUCGACCAAGCAGGAAGCAGCCGCUGAUGAAGCACUUGCAAAAGAGGCAGCCACAGCAAGAUUAAAGCAGCUCGAACAAGAGAAGGACAAAGCUGUCGACGAGAUUAAAAUCGCCACGGAAAGAAUUGUGAAAGGCACGAAAGAUGUCAAGGAAAGGAGCUUUUCCGGCAUGAAAGGUGCGAAGGAAAAAACGAUUUCUGCUGUAAAAACAACAGGGAAUAAGGUAAAACAAGAUGUAUCGCAAGCCAGCGAUAAAAUUAAAUCUACUAGCCACGAUGCGACGCAGAAAGCUAAACGUGUCAAAGAUGCAAGCGUGAACGAAACGAAAGAUACACAAGCAGUCAAAGGGAAGGCAACAACUGGCGCAGGCGCUAUUGUGGACUCCGCGGAAGUCGCCAAGGAUAAGACCACCAAAGAAGCUAAAAAAGCUAAGCAAAAGGUUGGCGGUUUUCUAUCGGGCGUGGUAAAGAGUGCUAAACACGCAGUAGAAGACGUAACGGAUGACAUGAAAGAGUUCUUGGAAGAAACCAAACAAGAAGCAGUCACCGAAGAAGCACGUGCUAGGAGUGACGCUCAAGCGAAAGACAAAUCCGCCAAACUGUUAACUGACACAAAAGACAAACCUGUCGGUUCUGUCAAAGAUGCAUCAAGAAAGAAGGUUGUUCAAAAGGCAUCUAAAUCGCCACGUGAUACGAGAGGUGCGUCAGGGGAUGUAGUCUCGUCCAUUUCCAAAGAGACGAGCAAGGUAACGAGAACGUUAGCGACUGAAACGAGGAAAGCCGGUGAUAAAGUAGAAUCUAAACCUAUAAACGAGAGUGUUCAGGAGGUAGUUGUACGAGAUAGUUUCGAGGUAAUUGGCAGUCCGGAGAUGUCAGGCGAUGUUAAGCAUUUAAUUGAAACAGUUAGGGAUAAAAGAAUAUCUCGCAUUCCACAAAAGAUUAGUCCAAGCAAGGAAAUUCUAGCUGACGAUGUCAUGACAUCAGACGAUUCAGGUUUACGUAGAGUAGUAGAGACAGUAACUACGAUAGAGCAUCCUGAGCCUCGCACACGGCACUCCGUCACCACAGUCGUGACAAAGUCUGUGCGAACGACCCCACCACCACCCGAUUCACUCGCCGAGUUCACUGACAGUAGAACCGAAGAUGUAACCGAAGAGGCUGCGAGACAGGCCCAACAUAUGGCAGAACAGGCGUCGAGCAUCUCGACGAAAACAGGGCAUGAUUCGGCUGAAAUUGAUGGGACUGUAGAGAGGCAUGCUACUUCUGCUCCAUCAAAGCAACCUGUUCCCGCCCCGCGUCACUCCACCACCAAGCCGUCUACCAAACCCGAGUUCCAUCUGGAACUUAGUGACGCCUCACGAAUACGUAAAACAGUCGAGCAGCCGCUCAAAUCGCAGGAAGCGCAAUCGCCGAGCAAGAACAGUAAUUUAAAGAGCAAGAUACCCCUUAAAAUCGAUCGUACACCCCAAACAAGCGACAAUCUUGAAUCCGUUCCAUUCGAAACCUCAAAAGAUCGUAUUAUAGGUCCACAAGCGAUUUCGAGAACCGUUAAAUACAUUACCAGGGAAUACACGGACGGAGAACUGAUCAAGGAAACAUCGAAAGAAAAUAUCGUAUCGCUCAAGGACGCAAUUCCGACGAUCAAACCGAACGAUAUGAUUGAAACUAUGAUAAACAGCAAAGUGGAAAUGACUCUUCCAGUAGAAGAAAUACGACAAACAACAACUACAAUUGUAACUAGCGAUCCAUCGGUCGAUCCUGAAAAACUGGAAGAGCUUUUGAAGACAGGUGGAAUCGUCGAAACGGUGAGGACCGUGACUUUAACCUCAGAAGAUGAUGCUCUGCAGCCCGUAACGCGCGAGGAGGUUGUCAAGAGAAUAAAUCAAGUCGCUAGUACUCUUCCGAGCGAGAUCUUUGAUUUUGGCGAAAAUUUCCCAGAUUCUUCCACUACUACGAUAAAGACCGAUAAAUCUGAAUCCGAAGGUGUUAUACAGACGGUCACGACUGUACAACGGGUAACAGUGGAAGAGACGAUGCCGGAAUCGGAGAGAAUUGAGAAGGUGGUGAGAACAGUAAUUUCCAGCAGUAAUGAUGGUGAUUUAGGUGACGAGCAAGCUUAUGCUCUAAAGAAUCUCCAGGAGCGAUUGAUGAAAUCGGAGAUUGGGGAGACAACUUCCUGGGUUUCGAUGACGGGUGAGCAAUGGGAAACGAUGGCGCAAUACUCUCAAGACACAUCGCCCGGCUCCGGCAACGGCGGCGCCGUUGAUGGUUUCGCUGCCGGCAACAACAAGAAUGGUAGCUCGAGGCACGAUAUGCACAGCGACACCGAUAGUGAUGGUUCGCCACAACGUAGAAGACGAUCCCCGAGCAAGAGGCGUACGUUGGGCAGUUCCAGCGGGUCGGAUGUAGCACUGCACGAAGGUGCGGAGCUGUCCCCGUUGGAGGACGACCAAGAAACACACGGUAUGGUACCGUCGGUUUGUUCGAGCAAUGCGAUAGAAGCGAAGACUAGGACGAAGACAUCCAGUAGAUCCAGCUGCGCGUGUUGGAUGAGCAUAGCUGUCGCUGCGCUGGUGCUUUUAAUAGCGCUUAUACUUGCUCUGGAGCCACAAAUGUUUCGACGUGUCAUCUACACCUUGUCUAACAAUGUCCCGAAGCAAGCCGGAAUCUGACUUUUUGCAACAUAGCGAGCCAUCCUUCAUGGAAACGACAACGAUCGAGGUGGAUCCUGUCACACAGGAAAGCAUAACAACGACCACACGAGUUGAAUCAAGAACAGUAUUGUCCACGGGAACCGAUGGCACGGAUGAUUUACGCGAAUCUAUGCAGAAGAUCAUGGACACGUUCAUGACAGAAGAAAGAAA